UCAUACUUAUAAAGACUUAUAGAGAAGCUCAGACACUCAGUUUGAUCAUGAUCCUGCUCGUGCUGCUUCUCGCCGCCACUGGGAGUGGCCAUGCUAUCAGCAUUCAGGGCCAGGAGAAAAACGGCGCGUGUGUGUGUCAGGUGAACAGCUCGACCUGGGCUUUUCCUGCUGCCAAGUAUGAUGCCGUGACAGAACUGCUGCAAAACUGCCAAGACUCACUGCAACAACUCCACGCACAGACGGUGACUGGUGCGAAGACGGUGCCGGAGAUGGAGGCCAGACUGAGUAAUGUGACAGAGCGGCUGAAGAAGUUCCAGUACCUGAACACUCGGGGCCUGUACAACGCACUACACCUGAACCAGCUCAGCCAAGAGAUCCAGCAGCUACAUGACACCAUGAACGAUGUACAGCUCGACAAAAAUGGAGGGGAGGCACAGCGGAUACGUACAGAGCUGCAGAAGUUUCAGGAAGAUGUUGACAAGAUGUACCAGAAAAACAUCUUCAACCUAGAAACAAUGAGGGAGAGGCUACGUUCCCUCAAUAACCGUGUCCAGACCUGCAAGACCAUCCCACAAGACUUCAGGAGCUCUUGUUCUCAGCGCACAAUGAGAAAUAUCAGUGCACCAGUGGUUACUAAGCUGAACCCCUUCAGUACAUCCUACAUUGCUGGAGCAUGGGGUCACGACCCUGGAGUUGAUGGUAAAGACACAUACUGGAUCCAACCUCUAGCUAGUGGGAACAGGUUGGGCAUCAUGGUGCGCUUCUACCAGACUUAUGAGGACUUCAUGGCUGGAAGGAACCACAAUGAUGAAUCACUUGUUGGCUCAUACACUCACGCUAAUGCGAUUCAGGGUCCAGGGACCAUCGUCCACCGUGGUGUUGUGUAUUAUCAGUGCUAUAACUUGCCUGAACUCUGUGCCUUUGAUGUAAAAACCAAGGAAGUCCAGCGUCUCGCGCUUCCUGGUGCUGGAUUCAACAACAAGUUCCCCUACUGCUAUUACAACUGUUUUGACUGGACAGAUAUCAACCUUUCAGCUGAUGACAAUGUCUUGUGGGUAAUCUAUGCUACUGAAGCUAACCACGGGAACAUCGUCGUGAGUCGAGUGGAAACCGAAGGCUUCAACAUAACCCACACGUGGAAGACACGCCUGUUCAAGCGUUCAGUGACCAACGCCUUCAUGGUGUGUGGGGUGCUUUACGCAACUCGUUACAUAAACACCUACAAAGAGGAAGUGUUCUACGCUUUCGACACAACCACAGGGCUGGAGGACAACACGCUCUCGCUUCCGAUGGAGAAGGUGGCGACGAGCAUCGCCAGCCUUCACUACAACCCCACUGACAUGAGGCUUUACAUGUACAAUAAUGGCUACAUGCUUGCUUACCAAGCUUACUUCUGAAAAUUCAAUUUGAAUAUGCAUUAAAUUUACUGGAAUCUAGCAUAUUGUAAAUCAUGCUCUGUUUUCAGGCUGUUCAUAUUUUCCUGACCAAAAGUGAAAUCCCACCCAAUUUGUUAACAAGUCCUGAAAGUAAAUUGAAGCUAAAUCACGUUUUAUUGUUUAUUUUUCACAAUUUGAUAGGAAUUAAUGUGGUAUACUGCUACAUCUAAUGUAUGCUCAGAAUAUACUUUGAAAAUAAUGCUUCAUUAAAGAGAAAUACAUAUUUUAUAUCGACUGAUGACUGGAUAUAUUCUGUACAAUAAAUCGCAUCUAAAAGUGAGGUUUGGUUUUAAUACAGUUUGGCUUUUAAUGCAGUUCAUGGCUGUAAUGGAAACUUCUAAUAAACACUUCAGAAUGCUUA